CCAGCCUGGCGGGGGACUGAGUGCCCCUGGCCAAUACUACAGAGCCUGGGGGCUGGGCAGUGGGCAGGCAGGGCAGGGCCUGGACCUGGUCCAGGAAAGAGCUAAUUAUCAACCGGCUGCGGUGUCUGUGCAGCAGCCCUGGGCCUGCCUCUCCGUCACCGGCCCUCAGGCGCAGGGAGGAAGUAGGGCAGGAAGCAGGGGGCGGAGGCCGCUGUACAGUCAGCCCGGCUGUGGGCGGCCCCUGCCUGCUCCGUCCAGCUGGAGACAGCCCCGUGGGGCCAGCCAGCGCUGGGCCAGGAGCGGCCACCUGGUUCCUGUGUGCUGCGGCCCUGUGGGCCUGGGAGCUGCCGCUGAGGAGCACGCCGCAGGCCAGGCAUGUGAGGCCUCUGCGGGUCAUGGAGAACCUCCCUGCCGUGACCACUAAGGAGCCGACCCCCAUGGGGAGGGGUCCCGUGGGACCCUCAGGAGGUGGCAGCAGCCGGGACCAGGUCCGAACUGUGGCCAUGAGGCCCUCUGUGAGCUGGGAGAAAGCGGGGCCCGAGGAGGCCAAGGCGCCGGUGAGAGGCGAAGAGGCUUCUCCCACCCGCGCCCGUGUGGCUGGGCCUGCUGCUGGGACCCCUCCCUGCCAGAUGGGGGCUUAUCCCACAGACCUGACCCUGCAGCUGCUGGCUGUGCGGAGGAAGAGCGGACUGCGGGACCCUGACCUACAGCAGACCCUCCGGGGCCAGCUCCGCCUGCUGGAGAAUGACAGCCGGGAGAUGGCCCGUGCGCUCGGGGAAUUAUCAGCCAGGCUGCUGUCGAUCCACAGUGACCAGGACCGGAUCGUGGUGACGUUUAAGACUUUUGAAGAAGUCUGGAAGUUUUCCACCUACCACGCUCUUGGCUUCACUCAUCACUGCCUGGCAAACCUGCUCAUGGACCAGGCCUUCUGGCUGCUCUCGCCCAGCGAGGAGGAGGAGACAGCCAUCCAAGUCCACGUGGAUGAGAACGCCUUGAGGUUGACCCACGAGAGCCUCCUCAUCCAAGAAGGGCCCUUCUUUGUCCUGUGUCCUGACCACCAUGUGAGAGUGAUGACGGGUCCCGGGGAUGCAGGAAAUGGACCCAAGGACCUCAGGCAGGCUUCGGGGGCUCCCCAGGGAGAGGCGGCCCCGGAAACAGACUCUUCACCGCCGAGCCCCAGCGUGUCCUCCGAGGAGGUGGCAGUGGCAGCCACCCCGGAGCCUUUGAUUCCGUUUCAUCAGUGGGCUCUUAGGGUCCCCCAGGACCCCAUCGAUGACGCCAUGGGUGGCCCUGUGAUGCCCGACAACCCACUGAUGGCUGUGGGCCUGGCCUCGGCAUUGGCAGACUUCCAGGGCUCGGGGCCCGAAGAGAUGACCUUCCGAGGUGGCGACCUCAUCGAGAUCCUUGGGGCGCAGGUGCCCGGCCUGCCCUGGUGCGUGGGCCGACACGCAGCCUCGGGCCAGGUGGGGUUUGUGCGGAGCAGCCUCAUCAGCAUGCAGGGCCCCGUGUCCGAGUUGGAAAGUGCGAUUUUUCUCAAUGAGGAAGAAAAGUCAUUCUUCGGCGAGGGCCGCUUUUCUAAGGAGGAUGCCAGGCAGUUGCUGAGGCGGAUGUCGGGCGCUGAUGUCUGCAGCAUGUACAGCCUGGACUCAGUAGAGGAAGCUGAGACCGAGCAGCCACAGGAACAAGAAAUACCUCCACCUUGCCUGAGCCCGGAGCCACAGGAGACCCUGCAGAAGGUAAAGAAUGUUCUGGAACAAUGCAAGACCUGCCCAGGCUGCCUCCAGGAGCCAGCAUCCUGGGGUCUCUGUGCGGCAUCCAGCAAUGUGAGCUUGCAGGACCCCGAGGAGCCCUCCUUCUGCUUGGAAGCUGAGGACGACUGGGAGGACCCAGAGGCCCUGAGCUCACUGCUGCUGUUCCUGAACGCCCCCGGGUACAAGACCAGCUUCCGUGGCCUGUACGAUGUGGCGCUGCCGUGGCUGAGCAGCGUGUUCCGCAGCUUCAGCGACGAGGAGGAGCUGACUGGGCGUCUGGCACAGGCCCGGGGGGCGGCCAAGAAAGCUGGCCUCCUCAUGGCCCUGGCCAGGCUCUGCUUCCUCCUGGGGCGCCUGUGCAGCAGGAGGCUCAAGCUGUCCCAGGCCCGAGUGUACUUUGAGGAAGCGCUGGGGGCCCUGGAGGGCAGCUUUGGGGACGUGUUCCUGGUGGUGGCUGUGUAUGCCAACCUGGCCAGCAUUUACCGGAAGCAGAAGAACCGGGAGAAGUGUGCACAGGUGGUGCCCAAAGCCAUGGCCCUGCUCCUGGGGACGCCCGGCCACAUCUGCAGCACCGAGGCGGAGGGGGAGCUCCUGCAGCUGGCGCUGUGGCGGGCGGUGGGUGGCCAGAGCCUGCAGGCCGAGGGCCGGGCCUGCUUCCUGCUGGCCAGGCACCACGUGCACCUCAAGCAGCCCGAGGAGGCCCUGCCCUUCCUAGAGCGGCUGCUGCUUUUGCACAGGGACUCGGGAGCCCCAGAGGCUGCGUGGCUCUCAGAUUGCUACCUACUCCUGGCUGACAUCUACAGUCGCAAGUGCCUGCCCCACCUGGUGCUGAGCUGUGUCAAGGUGGCCUCAUUGCGGACACGGGGCUCGCUGGCCGGCUCACUGAGGAGCGUGAACCUCGUGCUCCAGAAUGCCCCCCAGCCCCACAGCCUCCCCGCCCAGACUUCCCACUACCUCAGGCAAGCGCUGGCCUCCCUGAUCCCGGGCACGGGCCAGGUGCUGCGCGGCCCCCUCUACGCCAGCUUGGCCCAGCUGUACAGCCACCACGGCUGCCACGGCCCAGCCAUCACCUUCAUGACGCAGGCAGUGGAAGCCAGUGCUGUUGCCGGCGUCCGUGCCAUUGUGGACCACCUGGUGGCCCUGGCCUGGCUGCACGUGCUUCAUGGGCAGAGCCCGGUGGCCCUGGACAUCCUGCAGUCUGUCCAGGAUGCGGUGGUAGCCAGCGAAGACCAGGAGGGCGUGAUUGCCAACAUGGUGGCUGUGGCUCUGAAGAGGAGCGGCCGGACGAGGCAGGCAGCCGAGGGCUACUACCGUGCCCUGCGGGUGGCUCGGGACCUGGGCCAGUGGAGGAACCAGGCAGUGGUGCUGGCCAACUUCGGGGCCCUGUGCCUGCACGCGGGUGCCAGCAGGCUGGCCCAGCACUACCUCCUGGAGGCUGUGCGGCUGUUCUCGAGGCUGCCCCGCGGGGAGUGUGGACGGGACUUCACUCACGUGCUCCUGCAGCUGGGCCACCUCUGCACCCGCCAGGGCCCGGCCCAGCAGGGCAAGGGCUACUACGAGUGGGCCCUUCUGGUCGCCGUGGAGAUGGGCCACGUGGAGAGUGAGUGCCCCGGUUCCUCCUGCGUGCCUUCUGGGGCCACUCGGGUCGGGGCACACCUGGGGUUUGUGAUUCAGACACAAGCGAUGGUUUUUCCACCAUCGAAAGUGCUGAGUCAUGGCAAACAGCAGAUGUUGGCAAGCGCCCUGGAGACAGGCGGUUCCCACGCAGGGCCAGGCCCUCUGUGCCCUACUGGGGGAGCCAGCUCGUCCCGGUUUGCCCAGGGACCAUCCUGCCUUGAGCACUGCAAGUCCUGCAUGCUGGGAAUCCCUGAAGUCUGGGCAACGGAUGGCCAGCUGCGGGCUGUCCAGCGGCUGUGCCACUUCUACAGUGCCGUCAUGCCCAGCGAGGCCCAGUGUGUCAUCUACCAUGAGCUCCAGCUCUCCCUGGCCUGCAAGGUGGCCGACAAGGUGCUGGAGGGGCAGCUCCUGGAGACCAUCAGCCAGCUCUACCUGUCCCUGGGCACUGAGCGGGCCUACAAAUCCGCUCUGGACUACACCAAACGAAGUCUGGGGAUUUUCAUUGACCUCCAGAAGAAAGAGAAAGAGGCGCAUGCCUGGCUGCAAGCAGGGAAGAUCUAUUACAUCUUGCGACAGAGUGAGCUGGUGGACCUGUACAUCCAGGUGGCACAGAAUGUGGCCCUGUACACAGGCGACCCCAACCUGGGGCUGGAGCUGUUUGAGGCGGCUGGAGACAUCUUCUUCAACGGGGCCUGGGAGCGGGAGAAAGCUGUGUCCUUCUACCGGGACCGGGCCCUGCCCCUGGCGGUGACUACGGGCAACCGCAAGGUGGAGCUGCGGCUGUGCAACAAGCUGGUGGCACUGCUGGCCACACUGGAGGAGCCCCAGGAGGGCUUGGAGUUUGCCCACAUGGCCCUAGCACUCAGCAUCACCCUGGGGGACCGGCUGAACGAGCGCGUGGCCUACCACCGGCUGGCCGCCCUGCACCACCAACUGGGCCACGGCGAGCUGGCCGAGCACUUCUACCUCAAGGCCCUGUCGCUCUGCAACUCGCCGCUGGAGUUUGACGAGGAGACCCUCUACUACGUGAAGGUGUACCUGGUGCUUGGUGACAUAAUCUUCUAUGACCUGAAGGACCCAUUUGAUGCAGCCGGAUACUACCAGCUGGCGCUGGCGGCCGCCGUGGACCUGGGCAACAAGAAGGCACAGCUGAAGAUCUAUACGCGGCUGGCCACCAUCUACCACAACUUCCUCCUGGAUCGUGAGAAGUCACUCUUCUUCUAUCAGAAGGCCAGGACCUUCGCCACAGAGCUCAACGUCCGCAGGGUCAACCUGCCUCCUCUGCCACUCUGUGGGUGGGCCCCCUGGUUGGCCCCCAGCCACCCUCGCUGAGGACAGCAUCUAAGGAGUGGGUUUUGUGCAAGGCAGGGGGCCUCCUGCCUCUCCUGGUGUCUCCGGUGGCUCAUUUUCUGGGAAAUGGAGGCACGAACGCAGGGGUCAAAUAGCAAUAAAUCGUUUUUUUGUUUGUUUGUUGCAAUAA